UCCUCUUCCAAGCCCACUGUAUCAUACUGAUAUCUAUCCCAUCAAACAAAAUGAGACUUUCCGCUCCCCUCCUUCUCCUCCCCACCUUCCUCACCUGCAUCCUCGCCAACCCGCUCCAGAUCCAAAUCCUCGAGGACGACGAGGAGGCCUCUACCUCUUUCCCCGCCGACGAGAAGCAUUACUGCGGCGGGUUGGGCGCGCUGUGUCAGGUCAAGACCCCUAAGCUGAUCUGGAUCUGCGACUGUCCCCAUAAGACCAAAUGCGAGUCCCGGGUCGUUCAUGCCGGUGCGAGUUACUGGUAUUGCAGUGUCCCGAAGUGAGGUUUGCUGAUGAGGGAAGGACUAGAUGGAGGUGUAGGUGUUGUGGGAGAGGGGCCUACGGU